AUGGCAGCUAAGGAAAUAGGUAGAAUGAUAGGAACAUUCAGUGGUAAAGCAGAAGAACUAGAUACUUUCGUUAUCGAGAUGGAUCAGUACCACAGCCGAUAUGGAGCUACUAGGGAUCAAAGCUUAAAUGAAUACGUAUAUUUUACGAUAAAAAGCAAAUUAUUAGAGAAAGCUAGAGAUUUUGUUAGAAGUCGACCAGACUUGAGAAAUUGGUCCGAACUAAGAACCGCUCUUACGGAACAAUUCGGAGAUAGGACAAACCGCGAAAUAUUGACAAACGAAUUCCAAUUAACACGAAGACAACAUAAUGAAGACAUGUUGAGUUUCCUUAAUAGAAUCAGGAAAUUGAAGGCUAGAAUAGACCUUAAGAUACAAACAGAUCCUUUAAUGGGGAUAAUGAAAGAUGUGGCAAGAGGUUAUGCAGAAAGCAUGGCGAUCAUGAUAUUGAAAUCAAACGCACCAUCAGAACUAGAGCUAAGACUUGGCAAACCGACAACGUUGAAUGAAGCCGCGAAUAUAAUCACAGAAUAUCUGAUUCACGAGAAACAGAUUAGUAGCCUGCGAGGAGUUAAUACACAGACGUAUAGAAAACCAAUUUUACCACCCCGACCAAUACAAGGAAAGCCACAUGUAAAUAACAGCCGUCAUUUUGGAAUCCUGUAA